ACCGUGCUGUUCAGAGAGUGAUUUUAGCAUUUGUCUAGUCACGUGUGGCCAACUCAAGCGGGUGGCUGUAGCUGAAUCUAUUUGUAUUUCCCUCACAUACUCAUUUAAACUGUUAUACAUCUUUUGUGACAUGGAAAAUUUCCUGAUUUUGUUUCCUUUCCCUCUCAAGGCCGUGGAUCCUCCCCUUCCCUCCACCCCCUAUGGUGAGACUCCCUGUGAACAAUGUUCUACGCACAUUUCGUACUCAGCAAGCGGGGGCCGCUGGCCAAAAUCUGGCUGGCGGCCCAUUGGGACAAAAAGCUGACCAAAGCACAUGUGUUUGAGUGCAACCUUGAAAGCAGUGUUGAGAGCAUCAUCUCCCCAAAGGUGAAAAUGGCUUUAAGAACGUCUGGUCAUCUCCUGCUGGGUGUGGUGAGGAUCUACCACAGGAAGGCCAAGUACCUUCUGGCUGACUGCAAUGAAGCCUUCAUCAAGAUCAAGAUGGCUUUCAGACCAGGUGUGGUGGACCUUCCAGAGGAGAACAGAGAAGCUGCUUACAACGCCAUCACCCUGCCAGAGGAGUUUCAUGACUUUGACCAACCGCUGCCAGACCUUGAUGACAUUGACGUGGCUCAGCAGUUCAACUUGAACCAGAGCAGAGUGGAGGAGAUCACCAUGAGGGAGGAGGUGGGAAACAUCAACCUGCUGCAGGAUAAUGACUUUGCUGAUUUUGGGAUGGACGACAGGGAGAUGAUGAGGGAGGAGAGUGCGUUCGAGGUGGACAUCAUGGGAUCGUCUGCCUCCAACCUGCUGCUGGAAGCUGAAGCUGGAACCAACCAGAUGGCCGACAAGUCCAACCACUUGGAGUAUGAUGACCAGUACAAGGAUGACUUUGGAGACAACCCCAUGGAGAGCAACGAAGGAGGCAUGCUGGUGGACAAGCUACUGAGCAAUGAGGAUGGAGGAGGAAUCUUUGAUGACCCCCCUGCUGUCCCGGGGAGUGUGAUGAUGCCGCAGGACCAUGGAGACGAUGACGAAGACUUUGAUGCUCUUUCAGCUGGAGCCCCAGACAGUCCUGACUCGGGACCAGCUGAACCUCUCCCUGCAAUGAUUGACCAGACCGAGCAGACAAACCUGGCACACAAUGAGGAGGAAACCUUCGCGCUGGAGCCCAUUGAUAUCACAGUCAAGGAGACAAAGGCAAAGCGUAAGAGGAAGCUGAUUGUGGACUCUGUGAAGGAGCUGGACAGUAAAACUAUUCGUGCUCAGCUGUCAGACUACUCCGACAUUGUCACAACGCUGGACUUGGCUCCUCCCACCAAGAAACUGAUGAUGUGGAAGGAGACAGGUGGAGUUGAGAAGCUUUUCUCUCUUCCUGCACAGCCCCUCUGGAACAACAGACUGCUGAAGAUGUUCACAAGGUGUCUGACACCCCUGGUGCCAGAUGAGCUGAGGAAAAGGAGAAAGGGUGGCGAGGCUGACAGUCUAGAUGAGUUCCUCAAGGAUCUGGAGAACUCUGAAGUCCCCAGAGAAGAAGCAUCAACCAACCAGCAGAGAGAAAUCAUGAAUGACCAAACCCUUUUGGAAGAGACAAGACCUCUGCAGACAUCUGCAGUGGAAGGCAGCAGGACCAUUCCUGAUGAAACUGUUAUGCCCCCACCAUCUUCACAGCAUGGACUGAAGCGUAAAGCCCAGGACACAGAGCCGGCGCUGCCUAUGGGUGCACUGGACCAGCAGCAGCUUCAGGGGCCCAAAGCCUCAGGUGUGUCCCAGCAGCUGGAGAUCACUAACGCAGAGGGGCCCCCAGAAGAUGCCACUGCCACUAACAUCAGUCACUUGAUCGAGCUGGACCUUUUUGGAGACAAGGUCAAGAAGAAGAAUGAUGAUGAUUCGGAAGAGGAGGAAGAGGAGGAGACGCAGGGAGACCAGGAUCAGGAGGAGAGAAGGUGGAACAAGCGAACCCAACAGAUGCUUCAUGGUCUCCAGCGGGUGAUGGCUAAAACUGGGGCCCAGUCAGUGAGCCUUUUGGACCUCUGCAAAAACAACAACAGGAAGCAGGCUGCCGCCAAGUUCUACAGCUUCUUGGUUCUGAAGAAGCAGCAGGCAGUAGAGCUUGUCCAGGAGGAGCCUUACAGUGACAUCAUCGCCACACCUGGACCACGGUUUCAUGCUAUCUAGACCGCCUGCGCUAACUGUCCUUCCUUAAGGUCAAGACCAUGUUCUCCUGGCAGGUAGAGUCGAGGUUACUGUUGAUAUUUUCCUCUGUUACAUGACUGUAUUGAUUAAAUAGAGAAAUUAGUUGAAUUGCAAAAAAAAGUUAGGAAGGUGAUGAAUGUUUACAAACCAAGACUAACCUUUUCAACAUAGUCACAUAAUUUGAAUGUUCAAAAGCAACACAGCUGUUGGGAGCCUUAUCCCUCUGCUUUAUUCUUUAAAAGAAUUGUUUGUCAAUGCACUAUUAUGGAAUCACAUUUGAAUGAUUUCAGAGAAGUUGUGAUGACAGCAUGGCUGCUUGGAAUGGAUACAUUUAUGUUACUGAUCCAUUGCUUUCGCCAUGCAACCAAAAACGCAAAUGUUAAGGCCAAAAACAAUUCCUAAUAAAUCCACCUGUCCAGUGAAAUGACCUGUGUUCUUCAACGACAUAACAUAUGUGUUAAAUAGAUGAUGUGAGACUUACUGAUCCGGUGGGGGAUGAUGGGUGUGAUUUAUAGGGGCACGUUUGGUGUGCAUCUCUAAUGGAACAACUAAGAAAUGGCGUCUUUUCCAUCUUUUCUCGGUGUUUGACAAUAGGCGUAAAGUGUACUUGUGUCAGUUACAUCAAGUAGUUUACUUGAUCAUUUGAAAUAUUGGUAACAUGCAAGUCACGACUUCUUUUGGGUCUUCUGACCAUUAAGUCCGGACAAAUGCAUCCUCAAGUCAGGAUUUGUCUUUUAUUUUCAUUGGGCUGUCAUCCAUUUUAAUUUACUAUCUGAAUUUCCCUCGUCCUUGUCUAGUUUCUCCUUGUUUUUAAACCACUACCAAGUAAUUUUGCUAAUGGUCAUGAUGUGCACUGAAAAAUACUGUAUAUUUCUGUAUCAAAAUCAAUUUAAAAUGUGCUCCCUUGCAUCAAACUAUUCCAAUCAUGUGUGCAAUGCCUUGUCUAGAAAUGGUUGUGCUGCAAAGCACCACAAUUGAAAACAGUGUAAAUAAAGUAACCUAACAUAUGUUGGAAAAUAAAAGUUAUUACUUAUUAUACGCAGGUUGGUCGUAGAUCCUUAAACAAUAAUAACAAUACUGCUGUAAUGUAAUGUCUGAAAUAAUCAGGUGACUUACAAUCCAAGCAUGCCAUCUGUAUGGAUGCUGCCGACAAGUGCAGUUUUGUGUCAUUAUAUCUACAUGGCUGUGGUUGGCAGCUAAGUGUCCAAAUGUUGGCAUGCAGUAAUCUUACGUCCCCGUAACACGGCUGAUGCUGCUGCACCUUCAUUAAUCAACUGUAGUUUUCUGCACUUUAAAAACAUGCCGAUAUGUUCUUUGUCAUAGCAACUCAAAGCCUUGAAAUCUAUUUUGAGGUUCACUGCCAUAUCUGCAUGCAAGCUUUAUGCACUGAACAAAAAACUUAUGAACAAAAUCCUGCUGGUAGUAUUUGUUCUGGAAAUUACUUGAAGAUUGGUAAUUACUUGAGGAUUGUUGAAUGUGUUUAUAUUUUCAUAGCUGUGACUGUAGUCAUUUGAACGUAUCAUAUAUAAUCCAAGACACCUUGUCUUUUUGAUUCAUGUACCACUGCUGCGAGCUUCGUAGCAUUAGAUAGAAGGUAAAGGAAACUUCUACAGAACUGUAUGUAUGUUGUACUCACUAAAACUGGCUAGCUGGCUUGUAUCAUUUAGAUCAGUGGUUCUCAGACGGUCAGACUGUGGAACCAACCAUCACUUUUUAAUGGCAAGCUGGGACGCAAAGUCAAGAAGAAAACUUCAAUUAAAUAUCUUUUUUUAAUGAGCUGUCUGAAUCAGAAAUAUUACACACAGUAGAAUGACAUGUCCAACAAUUCACCUAAACUUUAUCAGCAGCUAAAAUCUGAAGACCUCUUCAUUUGGAGGAAAGUAAACAGCCUUUGAAAACACAAUGUAUUGGGGGCUCCAUUUACCAUGAAGCAGUGGUUCUAUAUCCUUUGAGUGUCACAGUAGUUGUAGCUCUUUGUGUUGAGAAAUUGUGCCUGUAAGUAACCAUCUGACUGAAUUAAGAGGACUCACUUUAAUGUUAGCUAUGGUCUGAAACACCUCUGCAACCCACCAGUUGAGAAACACUGACUUAGAGCAUCAUUUUAAAAGUGAACCAGAUGUACUGUUAUAUUUAGUAAAAUGUCUGUCAACUGUGAGACUUCAACAAAUAAAAUGAUACUAAAA